AUGUCUGAUAAAAUCACUGGUACAAUAAGUGAUCAAGAGAUCCUAAAAUAUGAAUCAUCUGAAAAAAAUUAUGAAAAUGGUCAAGAUCCAGAACUUUUAGAGUCAGAUUUCAACUCAAAUUUGUCUGAGAAUAAUGAUCCAGUAUAUGAAACUAAUAAAUUAGCUGAAGAAUUAGGUAUAAAUCAAAGAAGACUACUGUGGAAGAUUGAUUUAUGCGUUGUUCCUCCAUUUUGUUUAUUAUAUUUUUUAGCAUUCUUGGAUAGAGUUAAUAUAUCAAAUGCUAAUCUUUAUGGUUUAUCAAUAGAUUUAAAUUUAACAGGUACUAAUUAUAAUACUGCAUUAACUAUGUUUUUCGUUCCAUAUGUGUUUUUCGAGUUGUUGGGUAAUUAUGCCAUUAAGUUUAUCAAACCACAUAUAUGGUUAUCAAGUUCUGUUUUCUUAUUUGGUUGCAUCACUAUCGGUAUGGCGUUUGUUCAAACAAAAGGUCAACUUUAUGCUACAAGAUUCUUGUUAGGUAUUACAGAAUCUGUAUUGUUUUGUGGUGUGUUUUAUGUAUUAGCAACUUAUUUUACUCAAAAGGAUUCAUUAAGAAGAUUUACAGCUUUUUUUUCAGUUACAUCAUUAAGUGGUGCUGCUAGUGCGCUGAUUGCCUAUAGAGUUCAUGAAUUAGAUGGUAAAGCAGGUCUUUCAUCAUGGAGAUGGUUAUUUUUAGUUCAAGGUGUUGCAACUGCUGGUUGUAGUUUAAUUUUAUUCUUCAUUAUUUCAGAUUUCCCAGAAGCUAACAGAUAUUUAUCAGAAAAUGAAAGAAAAUUUUUGAAACAAAAAUUACAAUUCCAUUCUGGUAUUAAAUCUUCAUAUGAAGUUAAAAAUUCAAUAUGGGAUGCUCUUAAAUGUUUAAAAGAUUGGAUGAUUUGGUUACCUACAUUAGCUUAUUUUGGUUUAAUUAUUCCUUCAUAUGGAUAUGCAUAUUUUGCAGCAACUAUCGUGAAAGAAAUGGGUUAUACAGCAGUCUCUGCUCAACAACAUUCAGUUUAUCCAUGGGUUUGUUCAUUUGGAGUUAGUAAUUUAGUUGCAUUUUGUUCCGAUUAUACUGGAAAAAGAAUUCCAUUUGUUGUUGGUGCAUGUAUAACUGCUAUUAUUGGAUUAGCUAUGAUUUUAGGUGCAACCGAUAAUCCAUCAGUAAGAUAUGGAGGUUGCUUUUUAACAUGUUCAGGGUUAUACACUGCAAUGCCAAUUUUAGUCUGUUGGGCUGCUUUAAAUAACGGUUCACAUUUAAGAAAAUCAGUUGGUACAUCAUGGCAAAUUGGAUUUGGAAACAUUGGAGGAAUAAUUGCAACUUUUAUAUUUUUGAAAAAAGAUGCACCAGUUUAUAAACCAGGUUUAGCUACUUCCAUUUCAGCUGUUUGCUUCGCUAUUGUAUGUUCAUUAGCUUAUUGGUUCAUGUGUUAUAGAUUGAAUAAGACCAAAAAGACUGAUGCAUACAAGCAAAAAUUCAAUUCAUUGAAUGAAAAAGAACAAAUUAAUUUAGGUGAUAGAAAUCCUGAUUUUGUAUAUUUAUAUUAA